CAAAUUGUAGCCACUUUGUCUCUUUUUCUCAUGACGUGUCGGCGAGCUAGAUUCUUUUUAUAAAACAAAUAAUCGUAGCUCUUGUGGAAUUUUGUUCAAACCGAAAUGCGCAACCAACUAAUCUGCCUGGCCUUGGUGCUUUGCACCCUGCAUACCGCCUGCGGCCUGUACUUUCACAUAUCGGAAACGGAGCGCAAAUGCUUCAUUGAGGAGGUGCCCGAUGAGACGACUGUGAUUGUCAAUUAUAAGGUAGAACUGUAUGAUCCGCGCUCCAAUGGCUUUAUGCCCUCGUCGCCUGGCAUUGGAAUGCACGUUGAGGUGCGCGACAGCGACGACAAAGUGAUUCUAUCGCGUGUGUACAGCUCACAGGGACGCAUGUCGUUCACAUCGCACACACCCGGCGAGCAUGUGAUCUGCAUGUACUCGAACAGCACAGCGUGGUUCAAUGGAGCCCAAUUGCGUGUCCAUCUCGACAUUCAGGUGGGCGAGCACGCCAUCGAUUAUGCCAAUGUGGCACAGAAGGAGAAGCUGACCGAACUGCAGUUGCGCAUACGUCAGCUGCUCGACCAAGUCGAACAGAUCACCAAGGAGCAGAACUAUCAACGCUAUCGCGAAGAACGUUUCCGUCACACCAGCGAGAGCACCAAUUCCCGUGUGUUGUGGUGGUCGCUUGUCCAGACUUUGGUGCUGGUGCUGAUGGGUUUCUGGCAGAUGCGUCAUUUGAAGAGUUUCUUCGAGGCCAAGAAGCUGGUGUAAACAACAUUGGCAAAUCGAACUUGGCCAACUAUAUUGGUUAUUGGUUGGCUUCAUCAAUUCGUCUCGUAAAUGUUUUUUUGAUGGACGCAACCAAAUUGCGAACGCGAAUUUCAUCGAUGUAUCAUCCAGAUGCGUGUUUAGUUUUAAUUACCUAGUUGGGGGUUUCGUGUGCCGCGCUAAAAUACUUUUCAGCCUAAUUUAAAUAAAAAUCAAUUGUAAAAUACUUGUAAAAUGUGA